AUGGCCGCAGCUACAGCUUCUGCGACCAUCAUCCUCGGCGAUUCGCCCGCGACUGAAGACGUGGCCCCCAAAUCUGACGGCGCGCCGGAACCGUCCGCAACUCCCGGCCAGAGGUCUUCGACGCCGAUCCGCACUUCUAGUCAUGAUGUGACCGACGGCCCGGAUGGAGCCUCCAUCCAUACCACAGAUGGCCGGGUCAAGAAUCCCGUACCCAGCAAACUCAAGGGCAAGGCCGACAAUAAGAACGGCAACUUUGGUGUGAUGCACAUCGACAUAAAUAGCUCACAGGCCGCCCUACGGAAUGCUGCCGCAAAGCGCACAAGCGAAGAGACGGAGGCGGCGGCGAGGCUAGCCAAUAUGCGCGGCUAUCAAUCCAUCAAGCGUAGCAAAUUGGCGUGGAAUCCACCGACCGAUUCAGACCCGCGAUCUUCAGCCCCAGCGUACGGAACUUCGCAAAAUGGCUAUCUCAACUCUUCCUACUCGUUACCUGGACGCACCCUGGGACCCUUACCGCAUGAAGCCAAAGCUGAGCAAGCUCGACUCCUGACUCUGCUACGCAGCUUGAAUCCCAUGGUGGUGGUGGAUCAGUUGUGCAAAGCGUUGGCAUACUUUGGAGGCAUUCCCGGCGCGCCUUCGUCGCACGAAUUCGACUUCCCAGAAAGCGGACGCAACAACGGUCAGGGAUCCAUUUUUGUCGGCUGGGUUGCCGAAAUAUUUCCUCCAGUCGAGGGGAACCCUUCAGCUCUGGCGCUACAUCCGUCUCUACAAAGCGCAGAUAUAGCCUCUGCCGCUGCUCCUGGCGCCGUCGCUCCAGAUGCACCCGCAUCAGCUCAGGCUCCAGCUUUAUCCGAUUCCGCCAACACCACCGCUCCUCCUGCUCAUCCGGCCUCUACAGCCUCUCUAUCUGAACCUGCUCCCAAUCCUUCUGAAGGGCAGAAUACCACUGGUGAAGCUACCGCAACUCCUAUCAAAAGACCGCGAGGACGGCCAAAGGGGAGUAAAAGCUCCAAACCCCGCAUAGACAAGGGCAUAAAAAAGUCGGAUCUGGCACUGCAUCCGUCCAGCCAAGUCGAUGGAGCCGGCUCUCAGCUAUCUCAGUCUGAUUUGGGGAGAAGACCCGAUGGAUCUAUCGAGCAAUCCCAAAACGGACUCGCUAACCCUGCGUACCAUACCGAUAUGCCAGGCCAUCUUGAUCCCGAUUCAAGUAUCAUGAGCACUCCGGGAACAGGCAAGAAGAGAGGUCGCCCUAAAGGGUCUAAAAAUCGACCAAAGAAUACUCCUGAAGCUGGCCAAGCGGCUGCAGAAACUCCUCACACUUUGUUGCCUGCUUCUUCGACCUCCAAUCCCAUUACACAGUCUCCUUUAUCGCACAGGGCGACUGAGAGCCAGAAUAAUAUCUCAUCCUUUGCAAAUACGAUGCCUCAUAGGCCAGAGCAGCAUCAACAUCCCUCGCCCACAUUGCCAGAUGGCGCAACAACGCAGCACGCCACACACAUGGCCAGCCGUACUCCCCAGGGAAGCCAGACAGCGUUCCCGGCUGUGAGUAGUUGGGCUGGAGCGGCAAUGCAAUCUUUAGAUCAAUUCCGCUCCAUCAACAAUCACUCACAUCCAAAGAAAAGGAAGGGUGGUGAUCCAGCUCAGGUCGCUAGAGAGUCCUUGGCAACAAUCACACCAACUGACCCGUCAUCGCAUAUGCGACAAGGUGAUGAUACACCGCUACAUCACGCUACGUCUGAUCAGACUAACAUGAAACGCCGACGAGUGUCGAGAGAAUCGCUUCAGAAUCCUAUCUUUAAUAGUAUUGACUCUCAGCCCGGCCGAGUGGGUAUGACCACAUCGCCUGUUCUGAAUAACAAUUACAACAGUAUCUCUCAAACCAUGGCUUCCAAUAGCUUUGAUACCCAACUAGCUAAUGCUGCUGUGAGACAAUCUUCGACUCAACAGCAUUUACAGCAGCAGCAGCAGCAGCAGCAGCAGCAACACCACCAUCAUUCGCAGCGGUCACCGACACAGCCUCAGGGUCAGACUCAGUCGCUCCAAAACCAGCCGCAGCCUCAACAGUAUACACCUCAGAGACCUCAUCCGCAAAAUGCAGGGAUGCGGCCUCCGCUGCAGCUUCAGCAGGUUGGACAUAUGCCACCAGGGUCUUCAAGACCUAGAGCACCUAGCCAGAUGUAUGGAAGUAGCCCGACGAGCAUGUCCUCCCAAGGAUUUUAUAGCCAGGCUAGACAGCUGCCGGGCCAGCUAGGACAUGCAGCCACCAAUAGCGGCAGCUUUGCUAGAGGCACUGGUAACAACCAAACUUCGCCGUUCGGAUCUUCUUCCAACAUGGCAAGGCAGAGCUCUGACGACGCCCGGACAGCAAGCUUAUCACAGCAAGCAUCUCUGGCAAUUUCGCGCAGUCAAUCGGGCCAUGCUUCCACUGGUCGCCACCCAUCUUCUGACUUCGCCAGCAGCCAGCAGGUCCCCGCAACUUCGGCUUCAGCCCCUACGACAUCUGGCCUAGGCCAUUUCCCGUCCUUCACGGAACAUAGCUACCUGGACAUGGACUACGGCUUAAAUGAGCGCGACGUACAAGACUCUGCAGCGGCCUUCGGCGACUCUACGCCGCUCGAUGUGACCUUGGUUGAACCUAAUAUAAGAGAGAGGUUAUAUCAAGCCAUGGGCCGCCCAUAG